AAAAAAGAAUUGCCUAGUUUGUUGGUAUGGGAAAAAGUUCAACUUUUCAGUUGGGAUCUGGCUACCUGAAUUGUUGUUUUAUUAUUAAUUGUUUAGUCCUUUUCUCAGCAACGUCUGCAAUCGGAGGGACUGACACGGAUCGACUAGCUUUGCUUGAAUUCAGGAAUAAAAUAAGUGUUGAUCCUUUUGGUGCCGUGAGCUCAUGGAAUGAUACCAUCCACUUCUGCUUGUGGUAUGGUGUCAAGUGUAGUCGCCGACACGAGAGGGUCACAGUGUUAGACCUGAAUUCCUUACAGCUACAAGGCACCAUUUCUCCUCAUAUUGGAAACCUGAGCUUUUUGAAAAUCCUAGACCUCAAAAACAACAGCUUCACCCGGAGUAUUCCUCCUGAAAUCGGCCGUCUUGGAAGACUGCAAACACUUUAUCUCUACAACAAUUCACUCACUGGGACAAUCCCAUCCAAUCUUUCUAGAUGCUCCAGUCUUAGCAUUUUAAGUCUUGUGAACAACAAGCUGAUAGGACAGGUCCCACCAGAGCUUGGUCUUCUUUCCAAGCUUCGGUUUCUUUCUAUAUCCAAAAACAACCUGACAGGUAAUAUUCCUCCUUCUCUUGGAAACUUGUCAUCUCUUUUAACUCUUUCUGCGGCACUUAACAAUUUUGUUGGGCCAAUUCCUGACACAUUAGGACGGCUAAAAAACCUGACUUUUCUGGGCCUUGUUAUAAAUCAGUUGUCUGGUACAAUACCAUCUUCAAUCUUCAAUCUUUCUUCUAUCACAGUUUUAGAUAUAGGAGACAACAAAAUUGAAGGACACCUUCCCUCAGAUUUAUUCACCUCUUUUCCCAAUCUUCGAGUCUUAAGUUUUGCUGUUAACCAAUUCACAGGUCGUAUUCCUAGUUCCAUAUCUAAUGUUACAAAUCUUUCAUCUCUUCAGUUAAAUUCAAACAAUCUCAUUGGAGAUGUGCCAUUUCUUGAAAGAUUGGAUGUUCCAAUUCUUACUAUUGAUAGAAACAAUCUUGGAAACGGGAAACGGAAUGACCUGAUGUUUCUAUGUUCUUUGCGUAAUGCUAGUAGUUUAGUUUUGUUAGAUAUAAGCCGUAAUAAUUUUGGAGGGUUGCUACCGCAGUGCAUUGCCAAUUUGUCUGUCAAUCUUAAAGAACUCUCACUGCAUGUAAAUCAGAUAUCUGGAAUAUUACCGUAUGGUAUAAGCAAUCUUGUCAAUUUACAGCGGCUGCGGGUGUAUAAGAACAAUCUUUCUGGUAGCAUUCCACAAAGUAUAGGAAAUCUGCAAAAUCUAGUAGAAUUGAUUCUUGAUCAAAACAAAUUCUUCGGGCCUAUUCCAGUCUCAAUUGGAAACAUGACACGGUUGAAUAGACUUCAUUUAGCUGAUAACAAUCUUCAGGGUACCAUCCCUUUGAGUCUAGCUGAUUGCAGAAAUCUGCAGGUUCUUGAUUUUUCACGAAACAGUCUUAAUGGUACCUUACCUCCUCAAGUUAUUGGCCUCUCAUCCUUGUCAAUUUACCUUGGAUUUGCUGAAAACAACCUGACAGGUUCCCUUCCAAGUGAAAUUGGAAACCUGAAAGCUCUUGGUAUUUUUGACAUUUCUAAAAACAUGUUAUCUGGUGAUAUACCAAGUACUCUUGGGAGCUGUGUGAGCUUAGAGUACCUUUACAUGCAAGAAAACCAUUUCCAAGGCUCCAUUCCUUCAUCUCUGAGAUCGCUGAGAGGUCUCAUAGUUUUGAAUCUUUCUAAUAACAGUUUAUCUGGCCAGAUUCCUGAAUUUCUUGCCAGCUUUGAGUUUUUGCUCAAUUUGUUCUUAUCAUUCAAUCAUUUUGAAGGCAUGGUGCCAACUGGUGGGGUAUUGAAAAAUGCAAGCAUUACAACAGUCGAAGGAAACAGUAAGCUUUGUGGCGGCAUACCAGAGUUUAAUCUGCCUGCUUGCAACUUCAAAAGGAAUGGAAAAAGGAGAUACAAAGUAUUAAUCAUUGCUACUGUUUCAGGAAUUUCAUGUGCCAUUAUCCUGUUGCUGUGUUUUCUACUUUUCAUCCGAUCAAGAAAGAAAAUCCGACAAUUAACAGCUUCAUCCAUUUCAGAAAAUUCCCUUUUGAAUCUUCCAAAUGUAUCUUAUAGAGAUCUCCACAAGGCCACUGAUGGCUUCUCAUCAGAAAAUUUGAUAGGCAGCGGUAGCUUUGGUUCUGUAUAUAAGGGAAAUCUCGGCGCAGAUAGCAAAAUGGUAGCUAUUAAAGUGCUUAACCUGCAAAAUCAUGGAGCAGCUAAGAGUUUUAUAGCAGAAUGUGAAGCCUUGAGAAAUAUCAGACAUCGGAAUCUUGUAAAGGUACUAACUGCAUGCUCAAGUGUUGACAAUCAAGGUAAUGACUUCAAAGCACUGGUUUAUGAGUUCAUGGUCAAUGGCAGUCUUGAAGAGUGGUUACAUCCAUCUUCUAUAGUAACCAAGAAUUUUAACAUUCUUCAGAGGUUAAAAAUUGGCAUUGAUGUUGCAUCAGCUAUUGAAUAUCUGCAUCAUAAUUGUGGAACUGCACUAGUUCAUUGUGAUAUCAAGCCAAGCAAUGUUCUUCUUGAUGAGAAUAUGACUGCUCGAAUUGGCGAUUUCGGACUGGCUAAAUUCCUUUUGGAGUCCAUCCAAAAUAGUUCUUCUAAUCAAAUAAGUUCCGCAGGAUUGCGAGGAACUAUCGGUUAUGCUCCUCCAGAAUAUGGACUAGGAAGUGCAAUAUCAACAUAUGGCGAUGUUUACAGUUACGGAAUUUUGUUGCUGGAAAUGUUUACGGGGAAGAGGCCGACUGAUGAGACAUUCAAAGAGAGUUGGAACAUUCACAUAUUCGCAGCGUCAGCUUUUUCAAAUGGAGAGACUGAGGUCAUAGAUUCAGUUCUCCUUCAGGAAAUAGUCCAACUAGAGAUGACCUUAAAUUCCUCUUAUGGUAAAGUUAGAAAAAGCAAAAACAGUGAAGGAAUUUUGACAGAAUGUUUGAUGUCCAUAAUUGGCAUUGGAAUUGCUUGUUCUUCUGAAUUGCCAGCAGACCGAAUGGGAAUUACAGAUGCAGUAACAGAGCUGUGUGUGAUUAUAGACAAAAUUCAUGCCAUUUAUGCAGGUUGAAUCCUUCAUUUAAUGGAAUGUCUGUUAUUAUCUAAUCAGCACUACUGUUACCUAUUCAUUUCUUAUCAGACUGCAGAUAUAUAUAAGCCCCCCUGGAAUCUAAAUUAUAUCAAAUAAAAUAGUGCUUUUGAAUUUUGCAA